AUGAAAGUGAACGUGACUUUUGUCGUUGUGGUCCUUGCUCUAGGACUCGUUGACGCGGCCAGAAGGAGAGUCAGGUCGACGACGGCGACGCUUGAGACGACGACGCCGGCGUCGUCCGUCGAUAGACAGCUGGCCUUCGCCGAGCAACCCGAAGAAAUAGAGACUCUGUGGGAUAACUUUGACAUCCAGAAAUUGGACGGCCAUUCAGAUGUCUGGAAGAACGCCACGGUGAACCAUGACGAAGGCAAUCUCGGCAGACAAUAUCCGGGACUUCCGAGCAAUCCGGGCGACACGAACGAGUUGCCGAGUCCCAUCUCGCCGCCGCCACAACCCAUAUUACCGCCGCAAAAACCUCCACCGGGCUGCCAGGGUCCGAGAGGCCAGUACCCGAGCCCGAAAAGCUGCGCCAAUUAUCUCAAUUGCUGGGACGACGUAGUGAUCGAGCAGACCUGCCCGGACGGCCUGCUCUUCAAUGAUAUCGCCGGUUAUUGCGACUUCGCUUUCAAUGUCAAUUGCGGCGAUCGACCGCCCGCCACGCCCAAACCGCCGUUGCCGCCAGGAUCGAAACAAUGCCCGGAUCCAAACGGACGUUACAGAAGCUCGACCAACUGCUCGGAAUUCUACGUGUGCGUUGCGGGCAGACCUACCAAAUUCAGUUGUCUUCGCAGUCUGGUCUACAAUGACAUAUUGAACGUUUGCGAUUAUCCGUACAACGUGGACUGCAAAGGCGCAGCUACGCCAAAACCACCGAAGCCUACGCAACCUUCACAAACGCCAACUCAACCUUCGCAACCCUCUCCCACCAACCCUCCACAACCACCUACUCGUCCCCCUCAACCAUCCACUCGUCCCCCUCAACCACCCACCCGUCCUCCUCAACCACCCACUCGCCCUUCUCAACCACCCACUCGUCCCCCUCAACCACCCACUUAUCCAUCACAACCACCGGUUUAUCCGCCUCAACCACCAACCUAUCCGCCUCAACCACCAACCAAUCCUCCACAACCGCCGAUCUACCCGCAGCCUUAUCCACCACCGUCCCCUUCGUAUCCCGGGAAUCCUUGGCUGAACAAGGCCGAGACCGAUCCCUGGCAUCAGCGACCGCAGGCGUCCCAGUUGGAGAUCAACAAAGAAAAACGCGAACAGGAAGCGAUAUCGACCGAUAAUCAACUACUACUACUAGGCAAUCGGCCCACGCCUAUCUCGGAGACCGAGUUGGUAAACCCGUGGACUCUGUUCCAGGUGAUACCAAGCGAACUGGCAAACACCACGUGUAACAACGGCGACGUGCAUAGACUCAACGAUGCCUGCACCAACGUUGUAGUUUGCAGGAACAAUAAGCCUCAGAUGGUGAGAUGUUCAACGGGCUUCUCGUAUGAUAAGCCGUCAGACUCGUGCAGGCCCUUAAGCAUUGCCAAAUGCUAAUUAACGACCUCUUUAGAAUUCACGCUUAUACUAAGGAUGUAUAUCGAACCUCAAUAAAGUAUAACAUGUUUACUAAAUUACCAUGUUAAUUAUCUUCCAUCAGUUUCUGCUAUGUGUGCAAUAUUUAAUUAAAAAUCCGAGUUUCA